UGAAGCUGAGAGAGAUAACUCGGUUGUUACUGGUGCACAGUAUCACGUGACUGUGUGGCUCUGAUGGACAUGCAAGAGUGCUCGGUGGGGCCGUCAGAGUAUCACUAACGUGCAGCAGCCUGUGUCUCAGUGAGCGCAUUACGACGACAUCAAGAGGGAAAAUGAAUACGACUUGUUUUACGUGCGUUUACGUUUCCGCUGUAUUCUCAGAGUUCUUCCUUGAUUACUGAGUAUGUUUGUGAUUAAAUUACUUUAGAGUGUGGUCGAGAGUUUAAUCAAACACAUGAAUCAAAAUAAAUAAUAAUAAAAGGGGGAAAAAAAAAACAAAUCAACUUGUUUCAUUGGAAUGUUAAAGUGUCAAAAAGUGAUUUAAAAGAAUUAACAAGUAUUUUUAGUUAUAAUUUAAGAUGAUGAUUUAAUGUGACGUUAGCGUUGUCCUAAAGAACUAGCAGUAGUUGUCUAGAAGGUGGCACUUCCUCAGCAAGUACGUAAUUCAAUACAACCUAUAGAUCGUGGUAACGGUGAACGCGCUGUUGUGGGUGCGCGCGAAAGAGUAUUAGUCGACUUGGUGCUGUAUUUUUGAUAGAAAAAAAAAAACACCGAAGCAGUUGGAAUAUUGUAAAUUACUUGAAUAUUAGCGAGUUAAUAUUGUUCGAGUGACCUAAAUAGUGACUCGAGUGCAUUGAGCAGAGUUUGAAAAGAAUGUAUUAUUAUUUUAACCACGUUUGAGGUCUCUAAGAUGUUGGACGUGCUUAGGAGAGUUGACAAGCGACAAAAUGGGACCCGUUGAAGUCCAAAAGGAAUCCUGGAUUCCAACGACGGAGGCAUGGAUGUUAUCGGGGACGGUGAUGAGCAAACCCUCCAGGCCAUCCUCGGAAGGAGCGACUUCGUAGGGGGAAUCGAUAAUGAAGCAUUGGAUUUUUCUCAACUUGAAGAUUUCAUCAAUAGUGACAGUCCACAACCUGCAACGUACUUUGCUGAUACCCUUGCACAUAAUGAAACCAAUGGCACGGCUAAUCACAGUGGACGAAUGGAGACCUCGACGAGUCAGCAGCCUCCUGCGAGAUUGCCCUCACCGAUCACCCAGAAUCAUCCAGUACAAUCUGCUUGCUCCACUGGAGCAACUACUAUUCCACCAAGUACGGCGUAUAAGGAUCCGCAGACCUACGUUCUUCCACAUGCAUUACCCGAAAGUCCACCAGACAGUGGAAGUGAACCCCCUUACUCACCACCUGGACAUCAUGAAUCCUCUCAGCAUGUUCAUUCACCACAUCAAAAAGCAGCGCUACAAGAAAUCCUCCUUCAUCAUCAAGGAAACACUCCUAACUAUACGUCGAAUCUCUUGCCAUCAUCACCUAGAACCUUAGUAACAUCAGCAGACCCUCUUUUAGGGUUGACACAUCCAGUUUUAACACCUUUAUUGACGCCUGCGACACAAAAUUUAUCUGCUCAACAAUCUCUAGGAUCGUCGCAAGUUUCACUUCCUGCACACGAGCAUAAUCCUAACAAUGGCAUUACAACUCUCUAUCCAUCGCUACAAUCUGCUUCAAAAAAACGUAAACAUAGUCAAGAUGGUCUAAUUCACGUAAAACAAGAGCCAGAGUUGGGGAAUGUUGAGCAUAGCUGCAGUAGUAGCAGUGCAGUACUUGAUAAUGAUGAGGUCAAUGGAGAAAAUUCGUACAUUGAUGCUAGUUACCAGUGUAUUAGAUUUCAUCCAUUCCAACAAACCUCAUGGCAUACACUUUGUGAUCAUAAUCUUAAGGAAUUGCCGACGCCACAUUAUAGAGUAGAUGCUGAUAAAGGAUUCAAUUUUAGUAAUUCUGAUGAUGCUUUUGUAUGUCAAAAGAAAAAUCAUUUUCAAAUAACUUGUCAUGCUCAACUACAAGGCGAAGCGGUUUUUGUUAGAACUGGAGAAGGCCUGAAGAAAAUCAGUAGCUUCCAACUACAUUUCUAUGGCGUGAAAGUUGAGUCACCAACUCAAACUAUUCGAGUUGAACAAAGUCAAAGUGAUAGGAGUAAAAAGCCGUUUCAUCCUGUUGUAGCGGGUUUCAGGGUGGAGCUCGGCGGUGAACGAGUUACAAAGGUGACAGUAGGACGUCUCCAUUUCAGCGAAACGACAAGUAACAACAUGCGAAAGAAAGGCAAACCUAAUCCAGAUCAAAGGUAUUUUCAUCUCGUAGUUGGACUUCAUGCACAUACAGCUGAUCAAUUGAGUUAUCAAGUAGUUGCUCAUGCAAGUGAGAGAAUAAUUGUUAGAGCGAGCAAUCCUGGUCAAUUCGAGUCAGAAGGUACAGGAAUUGGUACUGAAAGUGGAUGGCAAAGAGGUGCUGCACCUGAUACAGUCUAUCAUGCUGGAAGAGUUGGAAUCAAUACCGAUAGGCCUGACGAAGCAUUAGUAGUUCAUGGAAAUAUGAAAGUUACCGGACACAUUGUCCAACCAAGUGAUGCAAGAGCUAAACAAAAUAUUCAGGAAGUGGACACGCGAGAGCAGUUACGGAAUGUCCAACAAUUGAGAGUUGUAAAAUACAAAUAUGCGCCAGAAUUUGCGCUCUAUUCAGGUCUCGAAAUUAAAACUCAAGAAGACACUGGAGUUAUAGCUCAAGAAGUUCAACAAAUUUUGCCUGAGGCUGUUUUGCCAGCGGGCGAUAUUGUCCUUCCAAAUGGCCAGAGAAUUGAAAACUUUCUUGUGGUUAAUAAAGAAAGGAUAUUCAUGGAGAAUGUUGGAGCUGUCAAAGAACUUUGUAAGGUGACAGACAGCUUAGAAACAAGAAUAGACCAGUUGGAGAGGAUUAAUAAACGACUGACAAAAUUAAAACGUGGUGAUAGUUUGAAGAGUUCUGUAAGUACAGUCUCAAGCAUAGCCAGCAAUAAAUAUUCAUCAUCAGCUAAAGCAAAUAAUUCUUUUCCUCAUAGAAAAAGAGACAGAGAUGAUGAUUUAUUGUGCAGUAAUAAAUUUAUUCAAGUUAUAAUAGUUAUUUUAAUUUUAAUUAUGGCUUUUUGUCUUGUCGCAAUGGCGACAUUGUAUUUUCUGGAAUAUCAAAAACGUAAUAAUUUAGACUGGUCAGCUGUUGCAGCCGCUGGCGGAGUGCUUGCCAAAGGAUCAGCACCAACAAUUCCUACAACAAUAUUGACAUAUGAUUCAAGAUCUAACUUAUUACUUCAUAGUACUAUUUCACCUUCACAGUACACUCGACAAGAGUUGUUUACCAAGAAUUUAGGAGGACAAUUUACCUCGAUAAAAGAUAAUUUGCUUUCAACAAGUACUCCUAAUACGAAACAACAAUUAUACUCUCAAGAAAUCACGUCGUGGUAUCCGUUUGGGCAUUCAGCUUCUCAGUCUGCUAAAUCAGAUAAAAAUAACGAGUUUCAGAGUAACUGGUUGAGUAGACAUGGUGCUGGAGGUGCGGUACCAAGUAAUGUCGAUGAAAAUGAUCAAAAUGGAGAUGUAGAUCCACUUUUAUUAUCAAACAAAGGUCCAAUCCCGUUAGGAAGACCUGCUGAAUGUCCGACAAGUUACACAGAACUUGAAAAUCCUUGCCAAGUAUACUGUUGUACUUCAGAGAUGCAUCAACUUGAAGAGCCUCAUCCUGAACAUCCACCUGAAAAAAAAUCAGUGUCAAUACAUUUAGAUCAGCCACUAGUUUUGCAACAUGAAGAGAAACGAAAGUUAAGUAAAAACAUGCAGAAUGGAAUAAGUCCUGCUGAUUCGAGUACUCAAACUCUUAUAAAGGAUACUCAUUUUAAAUAUUUACCUAAAAGAAGUCGAAGAGAAGCAGGAAGUGGUGUUUGGGGUGAAGUAGCAAGUAACGCAGCGGGUUCUUUACCACCUGAACCGAAACCACAACUCUACAUUAUCGCCAAAAGCUUUAAUACAACUCUAGACCACAGAUAUUGCUCGGUUACAUCUCUUAAUACGCCUAAUAACUUUAGUUGCGUGAUUCCGUUGUCUAAGCAUAUGCCAGACAAGCAUUUAACACUUCAAUUUGUGGGUAUGCCGUGGUAUUGGCAAAUUGUUCAACAUUGUCCGUUAAGUACUUCUUCAAACAAUGCAGCUGUUGAUGAAAUCAUUGCUUGUGGAUGGGAAUACACGAUGGACCAACGACAAUCAUAUAUGGAAAAUACUUAUCAGCCUGCUGGAAGCCAAUCCUUCCCUCUGGAUGUUGCCUUUUAUUUGAGAAAAACAUUAAAAUUCCGAGUGCCUACUGUACAACCUAACGAGAAUAUUUGCCGAAACAAUCAUGCCGGUGAUUUUCUUGAAUUCACUUUGCAUUUUUAUCGUGAUUGUGAUGGAUGAAGCAACUGGAAUUCAAGGAGCUCAAGCCAUUUUCCAGUUUUAUCCAUACUAAUUGCAGGAUUUUUGCAUCUUAAGUAUUAAUUCGAUCUAAAAAUGAUCUUUUUAAACAUAUGAACAGUGGAACUGUUCUCAUGUUUUAAUUGAGUAGAACUUGAGAGAUUUGUAACGUAAAAAAUAGAUACUUCUGACUAUGCAGGCAAUGUUUUAUACAUGUAUUUUAUAAAUAAAAAAAAUAUAAAAAAUGAGAACCAUACAAUAGUUGAUGGUUUAAUAAAUAUUAAACGCACACAUUGGUGUGAACUUGAAUUUGUAUUUAUGCAAGUAUUGAUGAAUAUCAGUGAUCAUGCAAUUUUUUGAGCCUCAUUUGUAAGAUCUGAUAAAAUUUACGUAAUCAAUUGUUCUCAUGCUAUCAUAUAAUGAUAGAUCAAAUUAAGUAAUUUAAAAUCAAUGGAAUGAUGAAGGAACUAAUCAUACUCAUAAAGUCUUUCGAUAAAUAAUAGAAUUUCAGGCACAUGACAUGUAGUAGCUAAUAUCAUUUUAAAAAAUAUAAUUCUAUUAUAUCUCAAUUUAAUUAAAAAUUUUAGAUUAAAUACUUUUAUCGAUAUUAUUAUUAGUAUAACUUAUUAUUGUAAUAAUCAGAGACAUUUGUAUAUUUUUCACGACUAUAUACUUUCUUAUUUGUAUAUCAUGAUAUCUUCAAGUUAUUUUCAAUUUACAUAUUACUUAAGUUAAAUAUUUAUAAAUAAUAAUACU